GCGCCGCUGCCGCUGGCCUUCGCCGACGCGAGCCUGCCGCGGUCGCCGUCUGCGGCAUCUGUGCGCGCCUCGCUCCACGGCGUCGGCGUGACCGAGAAGUGCUGGGACGCUGCCGCCGUUGGCGCUGUUGGGAGGGCUUCGGAGCGCGGCCGCUACCGCGGCGCCCUUCGCACGAACCGCCGCCUCCGCGACCUCGUGGAGGGGGGGUCGGCGGAGCCGUGCUGGGCGGACGUGGCGGGCGCCUCGGGCGCGCAGCUCAGGGCGCUGGGCUUGCAGGUUGCCCUCGAGGAGGUCCCCGUCGACCUCGCGCGCGGCGGCGACUGGCGCGUCGUCGCUGCGCGCCGCUGGCGCCGCCGCGACAAGAUCCUGGCGCCAGAGGCGGAGGCGGCGCUGCGGCAGGUGAGGCGAGACUGCGCGGCCCUGCCGCCGCUGACGGACUGCGAGAGCAGCUUGCCGCGGGGCGGCCUUGCCGCGAGCGCGCUGCGACCCUUCGCGCCCGCGCUCGCGCUGGACGCUGACUGGCUCGGCGCCGGCGACGCUGGCGGCGGCUUCGGUGGGCCCUCUUCGGCCGCCGCCGGGGCGCGCGCUGGUGCCGCGCCGCGGCGAGACGGGCGCGGCCGACGUUCAAGGCGCGCGCUGGCCAGGUGGCGCCCAGGAUCGGCAUUGAACGAGGCCGAGCGCAGCGGGCUGGCGUCGCAGCAGUUGGGCUUCAACAUCAGCUCGCUGGCGGCCGCUGCGGUCGCACCAGCAACGCAGAGCAACUACCUGCAGGCGCUGCGCCGGCUGCUGGCCCGGCUUCGGGCGCCGAGAGCGCCUCCGCUGACCGCUGCCGAUUGGGACCUGACGCUCGAGCAGUACGUGGAGUUCCUGCACGACCGAGGGCUGCCGGAGGGUGACGUUGCGAGCACGCUGGCGGCCGCGCGCUGGGGGCUUCCCCACCUGCCGCGGCCGCUGAGGCGCGGGCUGCCUCUGGCGACGGCUGCUGUGACGGGCUGGGGGAGGCUGGAGAAGCCGCUGUCACGGCCCCCCGCGCCCCGUCUCGUCGUCAUCCUGAUGGCGCUGUGGCUGUGCGAGCGGGGGCAGGAGGACAUCGGGCUGUUCUUGCUGCUCACCUUCGAGACCUACAUGCGGCCGAGCGAGGGGCUCGACCUGGCGGGCCCGCAGCUGGCGCCGCCUGUGCCAGGCGAGAAGGGCGCGCGCCAGCAUUGGGCGCUGCCGGUUAGAGCGAGCGAGCUCGACGUGCUUGGAAAGACAAGCGAGUUCGACAACAGCGUCGCGCUGGACCUGCCGCGCCAUUACGGCAGCCCGCUCUUCUUCCUCAUCUCGUAUGUGGACCUCCUUCAGGCCUGGAACACCUGUAUAGCCGCGCUGGGCCUGCAGCACCUGCAGGCGACGCCGUGCUCGCUGAGGCGCCGCGGUGCGUCGGGGGACAAGGCGUCGCUCUCGCGCCCGCUCCUCGAGAUCCAGAAGAGGGGCGGCUGUCGGCCCUUUCAGAGCGCGCGCCGCUGCGAGAAGCGCGCGCGGCUCAGCACCUCGAUGCGUCGCGUGCCGCAAAGGCUUCGCGACGAGGCGCGCCGGCCAGAGCCUGCGCUGGAGCGCCUCUUGCCGCCUGCUUGCGAGCG